AUGGUCACGGGACUGUUUGGUUUCCGGGAAAAACGACCUCCCGAUGAUGAAUCCAACUCGAAUGACGAUAUACAUCCGAACAUUAAUAUACAGACAGAGAUCGAAGAGAGAGAUGGUUUGCUCAUGGCUCCAAGUCUUCGUCCUUUACCGGCCAACCCUCCGAGACGCUCGGGUCGGCCCCUUCGCGCAAGCAGUACUCGAGUGAAGACUUACCGUGAGGAUAGUUCGGACUCGGAUGAGGUAGACAUCUACAACGAGAGCUCGGAUAGCUCCCCAGUCACUGUUCGACCACUGGUUUAUUCUGACUUUAUCCCUUCAGAGGAAUCUCGGGCCGAACAACGCUCGCUCUCACCUUCACCUCGGAAGAAAAAGGCCCUCGGAGCCCGCAUCACAAGGUCGUCAUCAAACAAUAAGAAGCGAGCCCUUUUCCUUCAAGCGUCUCGCAAAAACGUCCUGACUACCUCCCCCAAACAGCUCAAGCCAGAAGACGAAUCUGAGCUCGAAAUGCCAUCCCCCGUAGAAUCUACCAAAAUUCCACCAUGGCAGACCCUCCCAUACCACGUUCUGUUUGACAUCUUUCUGAGAGCUGCGCCGAUGGGGAAAGGUAUCCAAGUCACCCAGGUAUUGAAGUCAAUACGGUGGCUAGUGCGCAUUUCACGGCUCUGCAGGGCCUUUUUCGAGCCUGCUAUAGCAGCCCUGUAUUAUUCCCCCAUGGCCUUCACGAUGGACUGGCUCGAGGAGAUUAGAAAGCCGUUAGAGCUCGACCAGUCCACGGCUUUGACCAACUAUCGUAGCAAGGUAAAAUGUUUGGAAAUAACUACCCAUAUGCCCAAAGUGGACAGGUUUCAGAUACAUUCUUUCCUGAUGUUUGCGCCUCAGAUAAAACAUCUUCAGAUCCGUGAUCUUAGUGAUACCCCACGGAAGAUGUCGAAGCCCUUCCAACUGGCCUUUCUUGAACAUUGGUUUGAAUCGAUGCCUCCAGAUUACAUCCAGCUUCGGAGCUGGGAGUGGAGCAGCCGAGUCCACCUAUCGAGAUUGAAAGAAUUUCAUCUCCAUCCAAUGCUCUCUUCACUCAGGACACUGAGGUUUUAUAAAAUCUGGCCGUAUGAGCCACCUGAAACACGGCUGUCUCUGGAUGAUAACGAGCAGCCUCUGCCAGCCGAACAUUUAGUUUCUUCACUAGUUGCUCUUCCAAAACUGUCGGUAUUGGAAUUUACUGAGUGCUACCUUCCGGAUGGGUUUCUUUUCAAGUUGCCGGUCGACUUGCAGACUUUGACUCUAGACCAGUGUGAAAAUGUGGACUCGGAGGGCCUUGCGAGCUAUCUGUUUGAACAUGGCCAGAAAAUGGAGGUUCUCAACCUGACCCAUAACAAGGAGAUUGACAUGUCGUUCACUGUCGGACUGCGGGCAUCCUGCCCUCUUCUGCGUGUUUUCAGGAUGGAUCUAAACUUCAGCUCUGGCGAUACAUUAGCUCACGAUGUCGAGCCGCAUUUUGAGCUGCUCCUUCACCCCGGUCAGGUACCGACAUGGCCGUCCAACCUGGAAACGCUUGAGCUUGAACGCCUCCGCAAAUGGGAUAUCAUGACUGCGGAGGCUGUGUUUAGGUCUUUGAUCGAAGCUGCUCCGCGCCUGAAGUAUCUGCGCAAACUUACCCUUACCGCAAUCCUGAAGACAGACUGGCGAGACCGUGCUCAGUUCAGGGAUGAAUGGGCCCGGACGCUGGAACGAACGUUUCUCAGAAGAAGCGAGCCUCCACUGUGCAUCUCCGGCGGAAACCUGAGAGCGUCUUCAGCCCUGAGUCGUAGGCCAUCAUCAAGGUCAGACGCUUCCGACGUCUCGCACCUUGUCCGAGACGAGGCCACGGACGAUAAUGUGCCUAGGCGAAAGAGCCGACGUCUUGCUGAGCGCAAACCGUCCACGAGCGGUGACGAAAGCAGGCGAUCCAGUGACGCGCCGUCCCCCCACGAGCUUCAUAGUCGAAACGACAGCCCCCUGAUCAUUGGACGGCAAGGUUUUAUGGCCAAUGGCCCAGGAAUGUGCAAUGUGGUGAAAAUCCGAAUCGACAAUCUCAGGCCUGCAGACGUGAUCUUGCCCGCAGAGAAUCUGAGUGAUGCAGAACCCAGCGGAGACGACGACUGGGACGGGGACGAUCUCGACUUUCUCAACGACGACUAUGCUUGGUGA